AUGAAUCUCCUCCCUCCGUUUUCGUUCCUCUUUCUCUUCCUUUUGACGACUUUGACGAGGAGAGUUUCGGUUUUAGUUUCGGUGAGCGCGGUGAGACCUCCUCCGGAAGCGCAGCCGCUGAUCGAUGCCGCCUUAAAGUUGGAGUCAAAGUCAGACCGCUUCGGGGAAAUCAAUCUCGUCAACGACAUCGAAGAGGAAGAAAGAAAGGACGACGAUGCACCCGUGUCUUCCUUUUCCGAGGAGAAUAACAACAUAAACAACAAAUAUUUAAACGCAGAAACCGAGUUACCUCGAUGCGCGAUGCAUUUAUACCGGCACAUAUCGAAAGUUGGAGGGACGACUAUUCGCUUCAUUUGGGACAAAAACGUCGUCAUGGGAGACUGGGAGUAUCCAAUAAUAUACGGCUUCGAAGAGCAACAGUGGACGGAUUUAUUACAAAGAUGGAAAGCCGCAGCCGAGAAAUUUAAGUCAGGAGAACGCUCGGUUGGACCUCGGACGCUUGUGGAGUUGAGAGGGAACUGGCCGUCGAAUUGGCCGGCGCAACAUUUCCAGACGCGGAUUAUGCCGGAUAUCGACGGUUUGAAGAAAGAAUUCGGCGAAGGGUCGGGGUACGGAUGCGAGAUCACAACUUCGGUGUUAAUUCGCGAACCGACGAGUCAAACGUUAUCGUUUUACGAGUAUUACAUUAGGAAGCAGCAAGAGCAAGAUCCGGGAGAGACGAAAAAGAUGUGGCCAGGGGUUGUCGGGAAGGAAAGUUGGGGAUACGAUAUCGGCGAUUACGUGGCGAGCGGGAGAGCGACAAACGGACAAAUGAGAGAGAUUUUGGGGAAUAAAUGUACGAGUAAUUUGAGAGAACCUGGAUACGAGACGGAAUGGAUGGAUGCGACGAAUAAACCGGUGAGGACGCACGCGCGGCCAAUAAGUAAGGAGUGCGAAAUCACCGAGAGCGAUUACGAGCAGUUUGAGAAAGUUCUCAAAUGGUUCGAUAUCGUCGGCACGACGGAUAACUUUGACCACUUUUUGUUGACGCAAAGCCGCACGGCUGGUGUUCGAUAUCCGCAGUAUAAAAAAUCAAAUUCAGGAAAGCACAAACGAGAGUGGGACCCGGAGGUAAAGGCGAAAGUAGAGCACGCGACGACGUUCGAUAAAAGAGCGCACGAGUUGGCCAAGCGGUUGCAACGCGAGCAAGUGGAAAAACUCUACGGCAGUUGGGAAACGUUGGACGAGCGAUUCGUCAAACCGUUCAAAUCGAAAACCGAAGGACAGUUUGUCGGCGGCAAACCUCCAAAAAGUCUCUACAAGUGGGUAAAAACGAGCGAAGCGAUGGCCGUGGACGCCGCGCCGGUCGUUCCAGACUGUUGGACCGACGAUACCGGAGGCGGUCAAGCGACCGCAUACAUCGUCUUCGAGCCCGUCGCCAUGGUCGAUAAAAGCGUGAAUUUGCACUGCAUCAAAGGAUGUAACUUUGAUUCUUAG